AUGGAUAGUAGUAAUAGUAAUAGUAACAGUAACAAUAAUAAUAUAAAUAAAAAUGAAGUAUUGUUUUGGAAAAUAUUUCAUAAUAAAUAUUUAUUCAAUUUAAUCAUUAAUCAAAUCCAUUUUACUGAUUGGAUUGAUAAAGAAUCAAUAUUAUUUCAAAAUAGGAAAUUUAAAGAUACAUUCGAUCUUCAAUUAAUGUUAAUUGGUAAACAAUAUUCAUUAAUCAAAGAUAAAUUAAUACACAAUGAUUAUCUAUUCAUUAGAGAAGAUUCAAUACAGGAAUUAUUUUAUAAAUUAUUAAUUUCUCAAAAACAUGCAGACUAUCCAGUUAUAAAAGAAAUAUUUAAUUUAUUAUUAGAAAAGUACAGCAAAGAAUAUUUUGAAAUAGAUAUGGUUAAAAUGGUCUUAUUAAAUUGUGGCAGUGAAAUAAAACUAUCAAUUUUAAAACAAGUAAUAAGUGAACCUUACUCUUUCGAUAUCAAACUAUCUCAUUUAGAAAAAUCAUUAUCCUAUUGCAGUUUUCCAAUUAUUAAAGAAUUAUUUUUAAAAUAUAAUCAAUAUAAUCAAUAUAAUAAUUAUAAUAAUAAUAAUAAUAAUAAUAAUAACAACAAUAAUGAUAAUUAUAAUCAAUUAAAACUAAAUGCAUUAAGUUUGGCAAUUGAUCACAAUAUAAAAUCCAAAAUAGACCCAGAAAUAAUUCAUUAUAUUCUAGAUAGUUUUUAUUCAGAACCAUCACCAUCAGCAUCAGCAUUGCCAACUUCAAUUAGUUUUAGUGGUUUAAAUAAAAUCGAAUGUCAUAAAGCAAUAUCGAGAUUAACAAAAUUAAAUUUAGUAAAAGAUCAAACACAAUGUUUAUCAGUUUAUCCAAAAAUUAAACAAAUCAAUGUGAAUACAUCAAUAGAUCAAAUUUUAGCAAUUUUUAAAAUAUAUUUUACAUAUUCAUGCAGUUGUAUACGGAACAAUAAAAAAUGCAGUAACUCGAAUGAGGCAAAAGAAGAUUUUUUUGAAAAAGUAAAACAAAUUAUUGGUAUGGAUUUGAGAGAAGAUACAAGUGAUGAUGUUGGCUGUAAUCUAGAUUUUGAAGCAAUAAAACAAUUUAAAUUUUCAAUUGCAAACCGUUUUAAUUUAAAAAGUUUUUUAAUUGAAUUAAUGAUUUUUUAUCGAAUUUCGGAAGUUUAUGAUUCCGAUGGUUGUUUCCUUUUUGAUUCAAAUAAUUUAGGUUCGGGUUUAAAACCAAACAAAAAUAAAAUGAUUCUAAAUAAACCAGAAAUUAGUAGUAAAAUAAUAUUAAAUAGGGUUUUGGAAAAGUGUAGUGAAAAAUUCAAAAAUCCGCAAUUAGUUGAUCAAAUAUAUGAUGCAAUAGAUCUUUUACCAUAUUUAGAUAUAGACCCACCAUUACAGUCUGACACAAAUAGAGAUUAUCAAAUUUUGGAAUAUUUAAUAACAAAUGGUCAAAUCAAAAGCAUGGACAAAUUUUAUUGGCUCUUCAAAUUAAUUUAUAGUUUAGAUUCAAAAUUUUUCAAUUCAUUUAGUUUAGAUAGUCUUAUUGGAAAAAUGGGUUAUAAACAUGUAGAAUAUUUGUUAUUCAGGUGCUUAAAAGAAGAGUUAUGGGGUCUUUCAAAUGUAUUCACUCAACUGCUUUUUCUUUAUGAUCCAAGUCCAGAUUUAUUAAGUUUUCAAAUGACAUUUAAUUUAAUUGAAGAUUUUAAAAAGGACUUUUAUUAUAGUUUUAACAAUUCUCGUCAUUUUAAUAAAAUAAAGUCUACACCAGAAAACAUUGCCAAAGAAAUAAUAACACUUAUCAACACUAUGUUAAAAUCACAAGAAAUAACACCUUUAACAAAUAAUAUUUUAAAUUAUAUAUAUCAAAAAUUUAUUAGUUAUAAAAUAGAUAAUCAUCAUAGAGAAUUAAUCAUAAUUAGAAAGCUCUUUAAGGAACACUCAGUAUCAAUCUCGCACAGUUUGUUUUAUUCUUUAGCAUAUCUCAAUAUAAGGUCGCCAGAAAUACAACAUAUAAUAGAAAAUGUACCAGGGUAUUCAGGAAUUAGAUUUGACUAUGUAAAUGGUGAGCCAAUAGGAAGUGGUUAUGAUAUCGUUAAAUAUUUAGAUUGCAAUAUAUUUACAUAUGAUUUCGUGCUGGGUACCGAACAUAAUGAGGAGUAUUUUAUAAAUUCACUAUAUUGCGUUAUAGAUAGAGUGAUGAACCAAUUAUCAAUUCCAUUUUCAAAUUCACCAAGUAUUAGCAAAAAAUUAUUCAUAGAAUUAUAUUUAUCAACAUCUUUAAAGUUUAAAAGAUUUAGUUUGUUUUUUAAAACUCUCGAUAAAAUCCAUAAAAACAUAUCAACCCCAACAACAGAAGAUGAAACAGAUACUAUUUGUAGUUUAUUUAAUGAUGAUAUUUUGCCACUCAGAUACAAAAAUAGUUUCUAUUCAUUGGUUUCGAAUAGUAUGAAUAGCCAAGAGCUUAGCAAGUUUAUAGAAUAUCAUAGUCGUUAUAUAAAUUUAAUUUAUAUUCAGAUGGUUAUUAAUGGUAAUUUCAGUUUAGCAAGAUUCCUAUUGGAUAAUUAUAGCUCAUACAUCAAUGUAUUCCCAAGUUUUUUAAUAGAUAGUGAAAAAUCAUUUGGCAUAAUAAAAUUCAAAUACAAAUAUUUAGAAUUACAAAUGUUAUUUAAACACUAUCCAAACUUAGUUAUGGACCCAUCUACAAUAACAGGUGUUAUAACAAAUGAAAUCUAUUUGUUAUUAUCCAACUAUGUAUAUCUUAGUCCCAAAAAUCGGGGUAUUAGCCGAUAUGAAAAUGAUAUAAAUAAUUUAUUUUUAAAAUCAUUUAUAGAAGGCGAUAUCAAAGUUUGCAAUUUAAUCAAAUGUCAUUAUAAAAAUAAAUUUAGAAUUACUGGUCAAGCUGCUCAGCAAGCAAUAAAAAAUGGAAAUAUUAAUAUUUUAAAUUAUUUUUUAAAUCCAAUCAACAGUUCAUCAUUAAAUGAACAUGAUAAGGAGGUUUUAUUAUCAAUAACUCCCAAUAAAAAUAAUUAG